UGCACUGAAUUGUAGCUCGUUAUUCUGGGUUUUAAAGAAGAUUAGCAAAAGGAUCAUGCAGUGGCUUUUUUAGGGCGGCUGUGGCUCGGUGGUACAGUGGUCGUCUUGUGACCAGAAGGUUGUAAGUUCGAUUUCAGCUUCCUGAGCCACAUGUUGAGCUGCCCCGGGGCAGGGCACUUAUUUUUUACAGUGUACACAUCAGAAGGUGAGCUCCUCCUCCUCCUCACCUGUAACAAGCUGAUCACCUGCAGCGCCUCCAUUGUGUGACGCAGACAUCUCAGCAGCAGAUCCAACUUACUGAGGUCCAGAAGAUGGAAGAUUUGGACCUAAAGGAGAACAGAGCAGAACCUCCAGGAUCCGUCUGUCCUUCUAUGAGGAGUGACUGGUCCAGAGAUAAACCUCCAUACUUCCAUAAUGAACCUGGACCCUCAGACAGGAAAGGGAGGAAGAGGAGCAGCGUUGGUGAGGAGGAGCAGCCACCCUGCUGUGCUUUGUGUCAGAAGGUUCUGGUGGAUCCGGUCUCUACCAGCUGUGGUCACUGGUUCUGCAGACAGUACAUCAGGUCCUACUGGGACCAGUCUGGACCCUCCUUCUGCCCCCAGUGUGGAGAAAGACCCAGAACAGGAGCUGGACUGCUGACAGCCAAUCAGAGCAGCUGUGCUCCAGCAGAUGUUGGCCAGCAGGAGGUCCUACAUGAACAUAAGAUCAGUCUGAGAAGGAAAUGUAUUUGUGUGACUGAAGGAAGUGAUGAGCUAGAAAGUAGAACUCUCCUCAACAGGAUCUACACUGAUCUCUACAUCACAGAGGGACAAAGUGAAGAGGUUAAUACCCAACAUGAGGUGAAGCAGCUGGAGAGAGCUUCCAAGAUCCAAAACCUCCAUGACUCUACAAUCAGGUGCCAUGACAUCUUUAAAUCCUUCCCUGAUCAACAUGGAGCCAUCAGAGUGGUUCUGACCAACGGCGUCGCUGGUGUUGGAAAAACCUUCUCAGUGCAGAAGUUCACUCUGGACUGGGCAGAGGGCUUGGAGAACCAAGAUGUCAGUGUGGUGGUUCUGCUUUCGUUCAGGGAGCUGAACUUGAUCAGAGAUGAGCAGCACAGUCUUCUCACGCUGCUCCAUGUUUUCCAUCCAACCCUCCAGAAGCUCCUAGCAGAGCAACUGGCUGUCUGCAAACUCCUCUUCAUCUUUGAUGGUCUGGAUGAAAGCAGACUUUCACUGGACUUCAACAACAGUCAGCUGGUUUCUGACGUCACACAGAAGUCAUCAGUCAACGUUCUGCUGACAAACCUCAUCAAGGGGAACCUGCUUCCCUCGGCUCUCAUCUGGAUAACUUCCAGACCUGCAGCGGCCAGUCAGAUCCCUCCUUCAUUUGUUGCCAGGGUAACAGAAGUACGAGGCUUCACUGACGCCCAGAAGGAGGAGUACUUCAGGAAGAGGUUCAGUGAUGAAGAGCUGUCCAGCAGAAUCAUCUCCCACAUUAAGACCUCCAGGAGCCUCCACAUCAUGUGUGGAAUCCCAGUCUUCUGCUGGAUCACUGCUAUAGUUCUGGAGAACAUGUUUACCUCAGAGCAGAGAGGAGAGCUGCCCAAGACCAUGACUGACAUGUACUCACACUUCCUGCUGGUCCAGACAAAGAGGAAGAAGAACAAGUACAAUAGAGGACAUGAGACAAGACCACAGGAGCUGAUGAAUGCUGACAGGGAAGUUCUUCUGAAGCUGGGGAGGCUGGCGUUUGAACAUCUGGAGAAAGGAAACAUCAUGUUCUACCACGAAGACCUGGAGCAGUGUGGUCUGGAUGUCACAGAGGCCACAGUGUACUCAGGAGUUUGUACAGAGAUCUUCAAAAGAGAGAUUGUGAUCUUCCAGAAACCAGUCUACUGCUUUGUUCAUCUGAGCAUUCAGGAGUUUCUGGCUGCAGUCUACAUGUUCCACUGUUUCACCUGCAGGAAAACAGAAGUGGUAAAGAAUUUCCUGGGAGUAAACUACAGCGAAACAUCUCUGGAUGACUUCAUAGAGAAAGUCAUGUAUAAAUCCCUCCGCAGAAACAAUGGCCACUUGGACCUGUUUGUUCGCUUCCUUCAUGGUCUCACUCUGGAGUCCAACCAGAGACUGUUAGGAGGCCCAGCAGGCCUCUUAGGAGGCCCGGCAGGCUCAAAAACCAUCCAGAGAAUCAUUAACAAUCUGAAGGAGAUGAACACUGAUUAUUUCUCUCCUGACAGAACCAUCAACAUCUUCCACUGUCUGAUGGAGAUGAAUGACCUCUCAGUUUUUCAGGAGAUUCAGCAGUUCCUGAAAUCAGGGAAUGAACUAUCAGAGAUCCAGUGUUCAGCUCUGGCCUUCAUGCUGCAGAUGUCAGAGGUUCUGGAUGAGUUGGACCUGGAGAAGUACAAUACAUCAGAAUCUGGACGACUUAGACUGGUUCCAGUUGUGAGGAACUGCAGAAAGGCUCGACUUGGUGGCUGUAAACUCAGACAGGCUGAAUGUGAAGUUGUGGCUUCAGCUCUGAAGUCCAACCAACAUCUGACUGAACUGGAAAUAAGUCAGAUCAACAUAGAGGGAAUCAUUACAGACUCUGAACUGAAUCAUGUGUGUGAGAUCCUGGAGAGUUCAGUCAGUAAAGUAAAGAGUCUGAGAUUGAAGAAUUGCAGCUUGUCAGCGAUCAGCUGUUCUUCUCUGGUCUCAGCUUUGAACUUUAACCCCUCACAUCUGACUGAACUGGACCUGAGCUGGAACAACUACCUAAAGGAUUUUGGAGUGAAGGAGCUCUGUGGUUUCCUACAUAAUCCUGAAUGCAGAAUACAACGAUUACGAUUAGAGGAAUGCAGUUUGUCAGAGAUCAGCUGUUCUUCUCUGGCCUCAGCUCUGACCUUUAACCCCUCACAUCUGACUGAACUGAACCUGAGCAGGAACGACCUGGAAGAUUUUGGAGGGCAGGACCUCUGUGGUUUCCUACAGAAUCCAGAAUGUAAACUACAACGAUUACAAUUGGAGAACUGCAGUUUGUCAGAGAUCAGCUGUUCUUCUCUGGUCUCAGCUCUGACCUUUAACCCCUCACAUCUGACUGAACUGGACCUGAGCGACAAUGACAUGAAAGAUUCUGGAGUGAAGGAGCUCUGUGGUUUCCUACAGAAUCCAGAAUGUAAACUACAACGAUUACAAUUGGAGAGCUGCAGUUUGUCAGAGAUCAGCUGUUCUUCUCUGGCCUCAGCUCUGACCUUUAACCCCUCACAUCUGACUGAACUGGACCUGAGCAAUAACGACCUGAAAGAUUCUGGAGUGAAGGAGCUCUGUGGUUUCCUACAGAAUCCAGAAUGUAAACUACAACGAUUACAGUAAGUCACCAUGUUUUAGUUUAUUGCUGAUGUUUGUGAUGUGAAAGUUUUCUUGCCACUAACCUGCAGACGUCUGGCUGAUAUUCUACUGAUCCACUCUGAGGGUCUUCAUGGUAAAGUCUGCUUUCUUCUUCUAUGGUUUGGUCAAAUUAAAGCUUCUGUGUUUUUUAGAAAUGAGGAAACCUGCUGAUAGACGGGAAGAUGGAAUCAGUUAAAAUACUGAUGUCAGUUUAAUGUUUGAAUCUCUUUAAAGUGGAGGAGCUCAGAUAAGUCGGCCAAGAUUUCCUGAAUUGUGGGAGAUCAUUUCUGGGCUGAUAUUUCCAUGUGAAGCUGAUCUUAUCCACUGAUCUUCUCUUCCUCAGCAAAGGUCUAAAUAUCAGCCACUGUCCUCUUUAGCAGUGACAGGUUUGCCUGACAGGCCGACCCUGGAGGUUGUGUCUGCAUGUUUAUGGUCAACAGUAGUGAUCCUAGUGUUGCCAGGCAGAAUCAGCAGCUCAGGAUUUUUCACAUGUUGGAGCAGAAAACUGCAGCCAGUUCAGCUCCACUUUCAAACCUUCAUGAAAUCAGUUUUUCUCCAUUUUCUACAGAUUGACUUUGUAACAGUUCAGUUUCUAUUCUGUGAAUAAUUUGAUAGAAUUCAUCUGAAAAUCAAAGUUCAUAUCUUCUGCUGUAAGAAACAUUUUCCUGAGUUUGUUCCUGGACUUGGAGCCAGAGAUUCAUUUAGUCUCUGCGUUGGACCGGCUGAUCUGAGGUCAGAACCAGACGGCAUUCGGACUGGAAAUCCCCCUCAUGUGGAGAAGGUCAAAGGUCAUUCAGCCCAGUCUAGAAAAGUGAAGUUCAGAUUCUAGAAUCUGACAGGAACAUAUCUAUAAUCAAUGAUUGAUGCUUCAACACUAAAAUCCUCCAACUCAUCAUGACCCAGUACCAGGUUCUGGUUCUGGUUCUGGUUCAGCUCCUAAAGUCACUUUGACAUUAAAUAUUCUCCAUGACUUCAUGUCUUUAUGGCUGAUGAAUAAUGAAAUAGUUGAAUUUCUCUGCAUUAAUCUCCAUUAGUUGGUUUUUCCUCCUGAUUGUUGGUUUUGUGUGAAACUUGGAUGAUUUGCUGCAGAAGCUGAGUUUGUAUUGAUGGAGCUGCUGGUGGAGCUGACAGAGUUUAAGAGCUGAAGUCAGCAGGUCUUUAUUGAAGCAGCAGCAUGUUGGCAUUAAUAUUCAUGAGACUCUUUAACUGGUUCUGUUGGACUGGUUAACCUGCAUCCUGUUGACUUCAGCUCACAUCUUUUAUUCUUUAUUCAGAUUGAUGUUCUGCAGUUUGACAGAGAUCAGCUGUUCUUCUCUGAUCUCAGCUCUGACCUUUAACCCCUCACAUCUGACUGAACUGGACCUGAGA